AUGGCCGACCUGAAGCUCGAGGAGCUACGUGCAGCUCUGGCUCAGUUGGGCGAGACAGCGCCCAAGACCUGGACCCGUGCAGAGAUCCGUGUGCGGUUGGAAGAAUUGACUGGCGAGGACUUGUCCAAGAACGUGAAGUCCAAGCACCAGGAUGUGUCGCCCGCCCAGCAGCUCACGAAGAAGUUGAAUGCGGCAGCCAAUCGCCGCAAGGCGGAUCUGGUGAGCUUCUGCGAGCAGGAGCUAGGGAUUUCCAACAUCGACAAGUGGACCAUGAACCGCAUCCAGAUGGAGGGCUUGAAGAGGGUUCUCGAGAUCACCGAGGGCGACUUCCGCGAUUUGGUGUCGUUCGGGAAACACGGGUUGCUCACCUACCAGGAGCUCUACGACCAGGACAAGGGCUACUGUCGUUGGGUAGUGGAAACGGCCCACGAGCGACAGGAGAAGAGCGACUUUCGCCUUCGACGGCUUGCUCGGUGGAUUCAGAAGCAGGACGAGGAGGAGCUCAAGCCAGAGUCCAGUCGACAGAUGGGACGACCCAUUCUGAGCCUCCUGCAGAAGAGCGGCUACAAGGACAUCCAGAGCACGGCGCUGUCCAGCGAGAACAAGGACGAGCGCUUGGAUGCCUUGACGGCGGUGAUCAAAGAGCUAAGCGCCGAGGUACAGAACCUGAAGGACGAGCGCCAGCCGGCGCGCAAGAAAGGGAAGGACAAGGAGGAAGAGAUGCCCGAGACCGAUGGCUCUUUUGCGAUGAUCUCUCCACAGCGGGUCUCGACGGCAAAGUCGAGUGCGGCAUGA